AUGGUGUUGAUGAAGGUAAAGUUUGACUUGCCCAAGCGGGUGAAGCUUGCCCAGGGCCUGUGGCUCAUGUACUGGCUGGCAGUGAUGACCGGCAUCCUGGUCUUCAGCCUGGGGCUGUUCUUUAAGAUCGAGCUCCGGAAGAGGAGUGAGAUGAUGGACAACAACGAGAGCCAUUUUGUGCCCAACCUGUUAAUCCUAGUUGGCCUAGCUGCUUGCGGGCUAAAUGUUUUUGGCGGCAAGGUGUGCCACGACUCUCUGGAUGCUAUGAAGUUCGUAAAGUGGAAGCCCAUGGUCAAGGGCUACCUGAUGGGCUGUUUCGCUUUCAACAUCCUCCUGUUCUUCACAGCUUUGCUGUGCUUCUGCAUGCAGUUCCAGCUGUACUUUGCCCUGGCUGAGGGUCUGAAGAAUGGAAUAAAAUACUACAAGGAUACAGAUACACCUGGACGCUGCUUCAUGAAGAGGACGCUGGACAUGACCCAGAUCGAGUUCCGCUGCUGUGGUAACAACAACUAUAGGGAUUGGUUUGAGGUCCAGUGGAUCAGCAACCGCUAUCUGGACUUCAGCAACGAUGAAAUUAAAGAGUGAGUACUGAAAUCAGUAGAGCAAUGUUGGGUGGAUCGUGGUACGCAGAAGGCCAAGAUAGGCCAAAAAAUUGCAUGUAAAGUAAAAGUAAGCAAAUGACUUGUUGACAGUGUCUCUGGGCGUCAGCCAGAACAAAUAACUCUGCCUUAACACCAAAACUCCUUGGCCUUCGAUUGACACAAAGGCUAUUUUAGGAAAUAAAUACUGUUCAAUUCAUGCUAAGUCUUAUGCAACAUAUCCAACAUUGCUGCUGCAUAAGAGUUUUCCUCACUCCUGACCAUAGUCUCCAUCUUUACCCAUGUGGUCUCUUGUGAUCUUGUGCAGGAAGCUGGGGAUAGCAAAUGGGACAAGGUAGCGCUUGCUGUUGCUAGUGUAUGGUAGUGACAACUUAGUUAAUGUAAAACAUACAAAACAAUUAUUUUAAUUAGUCACUACUUUCAAUUAUUAACAUUUUUAAACCAACACUUAUUGUGAUAUUCAUGGGGUGGACGGGUGUACCUUAAAGGGGGUCAGGACAGGAUAAAUGUAGAGAGAAUUAAAGAAGUCUAAGUGGGAUGCAGAGGAUACCAGUGUAAGUGGAGUCAGGCUCAUGUGCCAGGUUCUGAUAAGUAGAUAAUCUCCCUGGAUCUAAAUUCCUCGUCCUUCAGAGUUUACUGUCCCCCUAAAUCAUAAUAAGACGGCAGUUAACUCUCACUAAUAGACUCCGACACUUAACACAAACACACUACCCCCUUCUCUCCCCAAUAUUGUGUCUUGGUGGCAACUGAUACUAUAUUUAGUAGAUUUAGAUUCUGAUUUUAAGACAUUGAUUAAAGGGAUAGUUCACCCAAAUGACAAAAUUACACAUUGUUUUCCUUACCCUGUAAGCAGUCUAUGGACAAGGUAUAACAGCAAUCCAUGCUUUGGUUUUGUUUACCUGGCCACUGUUUCAAGUACUAUCUUUUAGGUAUUCUUGGCACAAAUCCAAUGCAAGUCAACGGUACCUAUAUUAGCAUUUUCAUGCUUCAUAUCCACAUCAUCUAUAAGUAACUACACAAUACAUUUUAGAAUAUUUAGGAUGGAUGAUUUGGACAUUGAGAAAGUAAUUCAAGAAUAUGUUUGCAAGUGGGUGGUAAUGUCUGAAUAGUACAUGUAUAAAAGUGUACAUGUUUAAAUGCAUUUGAGUGAGUCCAUUUGCAUAUGUAUACGUGUGUGCAUGUACAGUACACUUGAAUGUGUGCAUUAAGCAUGUGUGUUUAUAUGUUAAUUUACUUGAGAUACCUGCUGUCUCUCUCACUCACAAAUGAUCCCAUCAAGAGGAUCCUCAUGAACCCGGUUUAAACUCUUCACCUGUCAAUAAUAGCCUGAAGCAAUCCCAACUUUUCUCCUGUCAGCCAAGGCCUCUAUAUGAUAAAGCUGCCAAAAGCUGAUUGAUGAUUUAGUCAUACAGUUAGUCUGAACUGACACUUGACAUGUGGCCAGUUAAGAUCACAUACUUUGCCAUAUGAGCUGCUACCUUAUGUUUAAAUCAAAUAAAAUAAAAUUGUAUUUGCCACAUGCGCCGAAUACAACAGGUGUAGACAUUACAGUGAAAUGCUUACUUACAAGCCCUUAACCAACAAUGCAUAAAAAUAAAAUAAAAAAUAAAAGUGUUAAGUAAAAAAAAUAAAAGCAAAUAACUAAAGAGCAGCAGUAAAAUAAAAUAACAGUAGGGAGGCUAUAUACAGGGGGGUACCGGUACAGAGUCAAUGUGCGGGGGCACCGGCUAGUCAAGGUAAUUGAGGUAACGUACAUGUGGGUAGAGUUAAAGUGACUAUUCAGAGUAGCAGCAGCGUAAAAGAGGUGGGGGUGGGGGGGCAGUGCAAAUAGUCUGGGUAGCCAUGAUUAGCUGUUCAGGAAUCUUAUGGCUUGGGGGUAGAAGCUGUUGAGAAGCCUUUUGGACCUAGACUUGGCGCUCCGGUACCGCUUGCCGUGCGGUAGCAGAGAGAACAGUCUAUGACUAGUGUGGCUGAAGUCUUUGACAAUUUUGAGGGCCUUCCUCUGACACCGCCUGGUAUAGAGGUCCUGGAUGGCAGGAAGCUUGGCCCCAGUGAUGUACUGGGCCGUACGCACUACCCUCUGUAGUGCCUUGCGGUCGAAGGCCGAGCAGUUGCCAUACCAGGCGGUGAUGCAACCAGUCAGGAUGCUCUCAAUGGUGCAGCUGUAGAACUUUUUGAGGAUCUGAGGACCCAUGCCAAAUAUUUUCAGUCUCCUGAGGGGGAAUAGGCUUUGUCAUGCCCUCUUCACAACUGUCUUGGUGUGUUUGGACCAUGAUAGUUCGUUGGUGAUGUGGACACCAAGGAACUUGAAGCUCUCAACCUGUUCCACUACAGCCCCGUCGAUGAGAAUGGGGGCGUGCUCAGUCCUCUUUUUUUUCCUGUAGUCCACAAUCAUCUCCUUUGUCUUGAUCACGUUGAGUGUGUGGUUGUUAUCCUGGCACCACACGGCCAGGUCUCGGACCUCCUCCCUAUAGGCUGUCUCAUUGUUGUCGGUGAUCAGGCCUACCACUGUUGUGUCGUCAGCAAACUUAAUGAUGGUGUUGGAGUCGUGCCUGGCCUGGCCAUGCAGUCAUGGGUGAACAGGGAGUACAGGAGGGGACUGAGCACUCUUCCUACCGAGGCGCAUGGGUUCACCAUUCAUAAUAACUUCCCUUGCAUCAUUUCAAUCUCAAUGCCUCAUAUGUCUGUGUUAUGGCACUGAUGUACACCUGUCACGUGAAUGACAUACUUUAUGUGUGACAUGGCUGACAUUGCUUGUGACGGGUCUGACGUGUCUCUCUUGGCCUUUCCACAGCCGUGUCCUGAGCAACGUGGAGGGGAAGUUUCUGAUGGAAAGUGUUCCAUUCAGCUGCUGCAACCCUGGCUCCCCCAGACCCUGCAUCCAGCACCAACUGACCAACAACUCAGCCCACUAUGACUACGACCACCACACCGAGGAGCUCAACAUCUGGACCCGGGGCUGCCGCGAGUCCCUUGUCGCCUACUACGGAGGCAUGAUGAACAGCAUCGGGGGCCUGAUGCUACUGUACAUCAUACUGGAGGUGAGAAAUAGAAGAAUAGGGAAAUGGAAGGGAAAUGGCUGGGGGCAUUCUCUGGAUGUCCUGUCAAUGUCCUUCACGUCAGAGGGUAGCUGGCUACAUAUGCUAAAGAUAACACGCAGGACUGACAAACUAAUUGAUUAGCUGAUUUGAUUCAAUUGCAGUCUUAAAGGCAUAUGUAGGUAAGUAGUAGAGUAGGCUAGGCCCAGUGGUGUGGAGAAGAGGAUUACAAAUAAAUAAUAAAAGACGUUUCCCAUUAUUGGCCAUUUGGUAGAAGGUGGCCAUUUCUAAGUAUCUAGCUCAGUGAGUAUACGUAGAGGUUCAGCUGGUCCAAGUUGGCCACAGCUGACCAGUUCAGUGGGCACACAUGCCAACCCUCCUGAAUAUAUUCAGUGGGCACACACCAAGCCUAACUACCACCAUAACUUUGCCCUUCUUGCAAGCAGGCACUAAAACAUGGCAUUACAAGGUUGGUCUUAGCACUCACUUGACUUUCAUCUAAAUGACAUGCCAAAAGGAUAUCUCAAGUAGACCUCUAGUGUCUGAUCUAUCUGCCCAGGCUUAAGUAUCAAAAGUAAAUGUAAUUGCUCAAAUAUACUUAAGUAUCAAAAGUAAAAAUAAUUUCAAAUUCCAUAUAUUAAUCAAACCAGACGUGUUUUUAUUUAUUGAUUUACUGAUAGCCAGGGACUCACGCCAACACUCAUUUGGGUUUAGUGAGUCUGCCAGAUCAGAGGCAGUAGAGAUGACCAGGGAUGUUCUCUUGAUGUGUGUGAAUUGGACCAUUUACCUGUCCUGCUAAGCAUUCAAAAUUGAACGAGUACUUUCGGGUGUCAGGGAUAAUGUAUGGAGUAAAAAGUACAUUAUUAUCUUUAGGAAUGUAGUGAAGUAAAAGUUUUAAAAAAUAUAAAUAGUCAAGUACAGAUAACCAAAAAAACUACUUAAGUAGUACUUUAAAGUAUUUUUACACCACUGUGUGGGUGUGAUAUACGCGUAAGGGAGGAUCAGGGUUUCUUAGAGGGGUUAAUCUGGCCAGAGCAGAGACCUUCCUAAAAGCAGGAUCUCACUGUACUAACUGACAGACAGAGCACUAACUGGGUUGCUAUCUGGGUCAAAACAACAACACUAAAUUGGCAUUUUGUGCCAAAUCCAAAUUUGAGAACUGUCAAUUGAUUGAUGUCCAAUUGACGUCAAUGGGAGAUUUUAUCUCAAAUCCAACUGACUGGGGAACAAAUGGUUGAAUCAAGGUUGUUUCAAUGUUAUUUCAACAAAAAAAUUAUAUGUGAUGAUGUUGAAUCAACGUGGAAAACUGAUUGGAUUUGCAAAAAGUCAUAAACGUAAGGGAAUUUGGUCUGUUUUUCAUCCAACUUUUAAUCUAAAUCCAAUAAUAUGGUGACAUGUUUUGUUGAUUUCACUUUGAAUUCAUGUUGAACUCACGGUAGCUGACAACUCAAACAAAUGUAAAUCAAAACUAGACGUUGAACUGACAUCUGUGCCCAGUGGAAAGCCUUAGUGACUAUAAAUAAAUGUUGAAUUAGAUCAGUGAUUAAUACAUUUGGAAUCACUGUUUUCUAAAUCUAAACAAGAAUGGGUAGCAGAGCUCUCUGGUGGUUCAGAGGCCAUUGAUUGUUUGAUGUUUGCAGUGUCUGUGUAAAGGCUCUGUCAGUGAUGUACGUAUCUUUUUUGUCUGGUCCUCAGGCAGUAGUGAUGGUAGGCUUACAGUACCUGACCACUUCUCUGGAGACUAUGGCCGAUCCAGAGAACCCGGAGAGUGAGAGCGAGGGCUGGCUCCUGGAGAAGAGUGUGAAGGAGACGGUGGCAGACGUCAUAACAAAGAUCAAGGGCCUGGUCGGUGCAGGGAACCAGGUGGGGGAGGGGGAGGGGGAGGAGGGGGUGGCCACUGUGAGUUGA